CCUUUCCCCUCACGGUUGCGCCCUUUCCUCGCCCCCUUUCCCCUCACGGUUCCGCCCUUUCCUCGCCCCCUUUCCCCUCACGGUUCCGCCCUUUCCUCGCCCCCUUUCCCCUCACGAUUCGGCCUUUGGGAAAGGGGGAGGUGGAGGAGGGAGUGAGGAAGAGGCCGAGCGGCCGCAGCAGAAGAGGAGAAGGAGAAUCUCGUGGCCCUGGCGCUCCCCGAAUGGCCGCAGCCCCGGGAGCAUCGCCCCCCCAUCCCGCAGAGCAGGAGCUGAGCAUGGAGAGCAGGGAGGACAAAUCCCCGGGGCAGAACCUGGUGGCAGAGGCCGUUUUGAGCGGCUCCACGGCGCAGGAAGCCAACGGGGAGGAAAAGCCCCGGACAUCCCACAUGAGGACGGGCUGCAAACGCAGAUCCCAGGGAUCUGAGGGGGAAAGAGCCAGCCUGGGCCGGGAAGGCGGCCAGGGAUGGAGCCAAAGCUCGGAACUGGAGCUGCAUGAGCAGGUUCGUGAUGGGGAGAAGCCCCACACGUGUGGGGAGUGUGGGAAGAGCUUCAGGUGGAACUCCGACCUGAUCAAGCAUCAGAGGAUCCACACUGGGGAACGGCCCUUUGAGUGUGGGGAGUGUGGGAAGAGCUUCAGGUGCAAGUUCAGGCUCAUCGAGCAUCAGAUGAUCCACACUGGAGAGAGGCCCUUCGAGUGUGGGGAGUGUGGGAAGAGCUUCAGGUGGAAGUCCAGCCUGAUCAAGCAUCAGAGGACCCACACUGGGGAGAAGCCCUACGAGUGUGGGGAGUGUGGGAAGACCUUCAGCCAAAGCUACAGCCUGACCCUGCACCGGCUGUGCCACUCUGGAGAACGGCCCUAUGAGUGUGUGGAAUGUGGGAAGAGCUUCAUGUUGAGCUCAAGGCUGAUAAAGCAUCAGAGGAUCCACACGGGGCAGAAGCCCUACAAGUGUGGGCACUGUGGGCAGAGCUUCAACCAGAGCUCCAGCCUGAUCGUGCACCAGAGGAGCCACACUGGAGAAAAGCCCCAUGAGUGUGAGGAGUGUGGGAAGAGAUUCAUCUUGAAGUCCAAACUGAUCCAGCACCAGAGGAUCCACACUGGAGAGAGGCCCUACGAGUGUGGGGAGUGUGGGAAGAGCUUCAGAGAGAGCUCCGAACUGACCAAGCACCAGAGGAUCCACACUGGGGAGAGGCUCUACGAGUGUACUGAGUGU